GCACUUUCAACCUUAAAAUAGUAGUCUUGGCAUUGAAGCCACUUUUCAACCUUUUUAUUCUUCGAGGUUACUGAACAGAAAAAAAAAAAAAAGAAAGAAAAAGGACAAAAGCCAGAAGCCAGAAGACAGAAGACAGAAGACAUAACUUUGAAUGACCUCGUAAUUUACCCACAAGAGCUCAAAUGGCAGCCAUUGGCUCGUUAGUCUUUUGUACCGACUGCGGAAACCUUCUCCCAGUAUCGAAGGGCAAUGUCAAAAACAUCCUGCACUGCGAGUGUUGCGGCGCUGAGAAUAAAGACACAGCAUCGAAAAUGACCGUCACCCACAGCAAACCUUCCGAUUUCCCCUCACUUCUCCGACAAAAACUUUCUAUUGUACAAUCGGUUGAGCGACACCAAAUGCAGACAGAGGCUCUUACAAAUGAAACAUGCGAGAAGUGUGGACGCACCGAGGUCAGAUACUCGGCAGUGCAGUUGCGUGGCGCCGAUGAAGGCAGUACUAUCUUCUACACUUGCGAUUGUGGUCACAAAUGGAACACCAACAAUUGAAAUCUUUCAAAUAGACCUUGUCUUGUAAUCCUCUUAAUACUGGCCAUGAACCCAAAAGCAAAUCAUGUGAACCGUAACAUGCGCGAUCUUUAUUUUUUGGUAUCCUCACAGCCGACCCAGACAUAACGCCGACCCCAUGUAUCACUUACUAUCUAUACUACUACUUUUGGUGCUUCCGGGAUGAG